AUGCUCUUCGAGCCCUCCGGCGUGCUCCGCUCCGACUACGGGGCGUACUGCCACGCACUCGGCGUCACGGAGCGGGAGGAGGUGUACCGCUCCAUCGUCACCGACGAGGAGCGGCGGCACGAGGCGGAGACCAAAUACCUCGCGACGCACCCCCCCAGUGAUGCGGACACCAGCACGGAGGCAAAAGAUUCGUCUCUCUCCCCACUGCAGACAUCCCUCCCCACCGCCACCCCUUCCGCCACCAUGCAGAUGGCCGCCCAUUCCGGGCGUAGCGGGUCGAUUGGGAGCACAAAGAGCAGGAAGAAGGCUGCGGCAGCUAACGACGCUGGCAGGCUUUCUUCGCCCGCGGCCCCACCGACGCUUACGUUUAUCGCGAUGCGGCAUCUCAAGUUCUGCCUCAACGAGCGUGACGUCAAGCCCCUGGCGCUCGCCAUACCGUACUGCGUCUCACUUGUCUCUGUUGAGCUCGUUGGCUGUGGGUUGUCUGAGGAGAGCUAUUUCCUGCUCGUGAAGGCGAUCUACAUGAGUCGCCGCGUGGCCUCCGUGACAAUUGACUUUAACGGCGUUGCCAAUUCAGGCUUCUACACCGACCCCACCGUCUCUCACUUGACAAGCCCGCGAACCUCGACGCGGGUGGCGGGCGUGUCGCUUGCGAGCCCCACGCCGGACCCGCUGCUGAGCCAACCGCCCGCAGACUCCAUGACGGGGAGCAUGCGGCGCUCCUGCGUGAUGGGCGGCGGGAGCCGCACCCUGACCACGGAGAGGUCGCUGUCGCUGAGGAAACUGUUCGGCGCUGACGCACCCACCUUUCAUCCCACCGAUUACAGGGGCCUCAAAGGCGUGCUCUUGUCGCUCGAGCAACAGUCUCGCGAGGAGAAGGGGCGAAAGGGAAAGGUAGACUCCAAGAAGCAGACGCAGCUGCAGCAGCAGCAGGACGCCCUGGCGCAGAUUGACAAAGACAACCCUGUGCUUGUCCCGCGUGGGUGGGCCGCUAUGCUGCUGACUGGCGUAAAGCACCUGAGCCUGCGGGGGAACGGCAUUACCAACGAUGAUGUCGCAACCAUGGCGUCUCUGCUGCUUUGCCACCCACGUAGUGAACUCGUCAGUCUUAACCUGUGGGGUAACCGUAUUGGCGAUGAUGGGGCUGUGGCGCUCGCACAAGUGCUGAAGGAGAACCGCACGCUACAGGCACUGGACUUGGGCCAUAACGAUAUUGGGGACAUGGGGCUCCUUAGCGUGGUGGACUGCUUCCGCAUGCAGGAGGUGCCGUUCGAGAGGCUGCAGAUGUACCGCAAGCGGCAACUGCUGCGUCGUGAUGCGACGAUGCGGGAGCGGCAGCUGGCGACCACGCCUCCCCCGACCUACCCCAGCUACCAGGAGGUUUACACGGCGUGGUACCAAGCCAGAUACCCUGCCGUUGCCGAGGAAAAGAAGGAGUCUAAGAAGGGCACGCAAGCGAAGGCGAAAAAGACAGAGCUUGUCUUGGUCCGCCCCACCUCACCGUUUGACCGUGAUUGCUUUCGCAUGGAACACACAGUGCGGGUGCCUGGCAACACCGUUUUGCGUUGCGUCAACUUUGGAAACAACCGAAGGGUGACGCUGGGCGGCGCGCGCGAGGCACUGCGUGUUUUGUCUCUUCGCGAACCUUUAGAGGAGAGUGAGAUGUCGGCGCUGCAGAGCUGUGCGUUGCAGCCGCCAGAGCUUUAUUGCGCCGCCAUUACGUUACGCACCUUUGUGAUUCUGCACGACGGUGAUCCUGGCCUGCGCGCGGUGCAGCGGGAGCUGAGCGAUAUGCUCUACGAGCGGCUGCUUCUGCUGCCGCAGGUUCCCCUCGAGACGGAAGUAUCCGGGGAUGAGGCCAAGAAGAAGCCCUCGCGCAACAAGAAGUGA